GUUAUUUAUCUAUAUGGUACCUCUUUUUAUACUCUAUAUAUCCUUUCUUAUAACAAUAUGUUUGUUUUCAUAUAAGUAUUACAAAUCUCAAAUUUCUUAUCCUCCUGGACCAUUUGGAUUACCUUUUAUAGGCUAUUUGCCAUUUUUAGGUGAAAAGCCUCACCUUAAAUUUACUCAUUACCUUUCUCCCAAAUAUGGUAAUGUAUUUUCCUUUAAAUUUGGGACAAAAUUAACCAUAGUUUUGAAUGAUUGGGAAUGUGUAAAAGAAGCAUAUAUCACAAAUGGCAAUAUUUUUGCUGGACGAUCAGAUUUAUUCUUAUUUAGGCUGCUAAAUAAAGGACAUGGAUUAUUGCAUUCUGAAGGGAAAUAUAGAAAGAAUCAAAAAAAGUUUUUGACAACUGCCAUGAAAGAUAUAUUAUCAAAUAAAGCAUUUAACAUAGUUAUGAUGAAAGAAGUUAAGCACUUAUGUAAUGCUGUUUCACUGAUGCAUAAUCAAGACUUUGACCCACAUGGUUUAAUACAAGGUUGCUUUUUCAACAUUGUUAGCCUUUUGGUAUUUGGACUAAGAUAUGAAUAUGAUGAAAAAAAAAUUACAGACUUUUUAGGUCUGAUUUGUCAGAAUUUUAAAUUGAUAGGUAAAAAGGUGGCCCCGCUAAACUUCCUGCCUUUCAUUUUACGUGAAAACUCUGUAAUAAAGAAAUUUUUUGAUUACGACGAAUUAUAUUUGAAUAUCAAUGGCAUCUCAAAAUUUUCUAUAGAGUGUAUCAGGGGACGUCUCGAAGAAAGAAAAAAUACUUUGUGUGGGGGUGAUGGUGAUAUUUGUUUUCGUCCACAAAAUAUUGUUGACAUAUAUUUGGACAAAAUGUUAUCAUAUUCAGCGCUUAAAAAUCUGAAUGAACAAAGUAUUCAGUUUACUGUCCCGGAACAACCUAUAAAAGUCAUAGAGAAUCUCAUUGAGAAAGGUCGGCUUGCUGAACUUAUUACUGGCGACGAAUUGCCCAUCAAAAAUGACAUAACUUUUACUAAGUAUAAUGACUUCCAAACAUCUGACCUACAGUCUUCCACCAAAUGCCGAAACUUAAUUGAAGAACAUGAUUUUCAAAUGAGAAACCCUUUUAAUCGUGAAUCUACAGCUGAUGAAAAGGGAAAAAACGUCAGGUGUCAGGAAAAUCAGGAUAAUAAUAAUCUUUUUGACAAGUCAUUUGAAAACUUUUUGAUGUCCGGUGAUGUUAAAGAAGGCUUUUCAGGCCUAGACUUGAUAAUCAGCGUAAUGGACGUAUUUUUAGGAGGCACCGAAACCACUCAAACCGUUAUGAGAUGGGGUUUAUAUUUUAUGGCCAAGUACCCUGAUAUUCAAUGUCAAGUUUAUUCGGAAUUGAAACGUUUUGUUGACUCGAAUAAAAGAAAAGGCUAUGAUAAAGACGGUGAAGAUUCUUUCGAGGAUAUGAUAACUUACAAUGAUAGGGAUAAUUUACCCUUUACAAUGGCGACCGUCCUAGAAAUUCAGAGAAGAGCUUGCAUUGCACCUUUGGGAUUUUUCCAUUCCAACACAAAGGAAAUCAACUCUUUUACUGGGCGAUACUUGAUUCCUGAAAGAUCGUUAAUAAUAGCUAAUCAUUGGGCUCUUCACCAUGACCCAAAGUAUUGGCCCGAACCUUAUGUAUUCAACCCGGAAAGAUUUUUAUGUGCCAUAGGAAGGAAUGAAAAUGGAGUAAAUGAGAAUGAUGAAUUAAAUGAGCCUCGUAAUAAUAAUGGUAUCGCCUAUCACAGAGGUAAAAGCGAUGCUUGUCCUAUUUUAGAUGUAAGUUUGAACAAAGAUCCACUUUUACCUGAUACGAAUAAAUAUAUCACUGAUAAUGAGUGUGAAGAGGAUUGCAACAAAAAAUUUAGAGUUGUUUAUGACAAGCCCAGCUACAUACCCUUUUCUAUAGGACCUAGGUCAUGUUUUGGUUCAAAUCUAGCGAAGAACGAAAUAUUUACGGUAUUUGCCAAUUUGCUUCUCAAUUUUCGGUUAAGUUUCCCUGAAGGGGAUGAUAAUAAUUCACCUAAAAUUAAAGUCGAAGAAGAUACCAUAGAUGAUGGUACAUUAUCAUUAACCUGGAGUCCCUUACCUUAUAAAAUUACGGCAGUUGCUAGGAAUUAAGUUUGUGAGAUUUAAAAAUGCCAAGAGUUGAUAAUUAAGAAAAAUAUUUUGAAUAUUUUUUACAAUCGUUUUUUUACAACAAAUUUUAUAUUUAUCAAUAAUAUUUGAUCACUCUUUAAAACAAUCACUGUUCUGUUUUUUUUCAGCGCACUUUCUUAACUUAAAUAAAUUACAAUGAAUUCUUGAUAAUAGCAAUGUAUUAUUAAAUACAAAUACUUUUUACUAAAUGUAGUUAAUGAUUAUUAAUAAUAUUGAAAGUUGUUAGUGUUGCAACUGACGAGCUUAUAAAUAAAAUAAUAUAAAUUAAAAAAUAUAUUAUAGAAAAUGUCAAUCAAGUUGAAUAUUACUUUUGUGGCUUUUUUUUAUAUAAAGAAUUAUUUGUUGAUAUAUAUAUUUUUUUCUUGGGAAUUGAUUCGUAAA